AUGUACAAAACCAGAGCGGCCUUCGACACCAUCUCGCCCCCACAACUCGCUCCCGAUGGUCCCGAGCGGUCGCUCGAUCUACCGUUUUAUUCGCUCGCCGCCAAACACCCCGGCGUCAAGCUCUCGUACCACGCCCGCACGGUGCUCUUUUCGUACACGGGCAAGCAGCAGGCCGACAAUGCAUUGAAAUGGCUCAUGGACGAGCUUAUCGAGGACAAUGACGAGCUGGUGUGUCUCAAAAUCAUCGACAAACAUAGCGCCAAGGACGUGGAAAAGUACCACAAGCAGGCGGCCGAUAUUUUGCGGGCCGUGGUCGCGGAGGCAGACAAGGUCGGCAAAAAGCUUACCAUCGACGUUGAGCUGGGCCAGGGCUCCGUCUCCAAGGUCGUCAAGCACUGCACCUAUCUGUACCAGCCUGCUCUGGCUGUGGUCGCUCGAACCAACUACAUCGAUCCUCGAGUCAGUGAAAUGCCUAAGGAUACCGCCACAAACUAUCUGUUGCGUUCGUCAGUGGUGCCCGUCAUUGUGGUGCGUCCACCAAUGAUCGACAAGUGGCAGGAGCGCAAAAAGGCCCACGCCAACGACCAGCCGCCGUUCACCGUGCCCUGGUUGAUUCACGACCCCCGAAUCACUGUACCCAAGGACUACGAAACCCAGCAGGGCCUGUUGGAGAACCCCUCGUUCAAACUCGACGACCUCAAGCUGCUGCAGCAUUACCAGAUCGACUACAAGAAGCAGCCCACCGGCACGUCGCUCCAGGUUCCUUCUACCGCCCCCAACAGACGCAUGUCUAGCAACGCCUCGCAAUCGCCCUCCAACAUGCGAACGCCAGCGCCAGAGACUCUUUCGGCACCCACGUCACCGGCCCAGAUGCGCACAAACUCCGUCGGAGGGGGAGGCCUACCCCACCCCAUGUAUAAAGCCGAUGGAUUCCUACAGCUUCCACCAGACUCCAGUGCACUCAAGAAGCAGCAGCAGCGACGUAAGUCGACCCUGCUGUUGGACGACGAGCCUCCCAAGCCUCCACCUACCCCGGCCGACCGGUACGACGAGAACGCCCUUGACGACUCGUCUCCCGAAAGAGACAACAGUGGCUCUCAACCUCCAUCUUCCCGAACGAUUUCCAUUGUGCAUCCUGAGAAACCCGAGCGAUCUCGGUCUCGAGGAAAGGACAAUUUGCGGCCUUCUCUGUCGCUGACCCGAACACUAUCCAGCUCGUCCAUGUCGUCCGACUCGUCCAAGUCGUCCCACAAGUGGGGUCUGGGCUGGCUCAAGGGUAAGAGCAGCAAAAAGAAGAAGGGCGGCAGCAGCGGAAACAGCCUCAAGCCCUCCGUCACCAACUAG